AAACCGCCCGCCAUGUCCCCCGGAAUGACCCUCUUCGCCGUCCAGGCAAUCCUCAUCCUCGGCACCGAAGAUGGCUCACGGAUAUUCGCCAAAUACUUUUCUCCGCCGCACGCCGCUCCCACAGGCGGCGCAAGCAUACCAAGCCACCCGUACACCGAUCUGAAGGCGCAGAAGGCGUUCGAAAAGGGCCUCAUUGACAAGACGGCCAAGCAGACGGGCGACAUCAUCCUCUACGACAACCGGAUCGUGCUGUACAAGAUGGAGUCCGACGUCAUGCUGUACGUCGUUGGCGCUGCCGACGAGAACGAGAUUCUGCUCUACAACACCGUGCUGGCUCUGCGUGACUCUCUUCAUCUGCUGUUCAAGCAAUCCGUGGACAAGAGGACCAUUAUCGAAAACUACGACCUCGUCUCGCUUGCAAUCGACGAGAUUGUCGACGACGGCAUCAUCCUGGAGACGGACCCGACCAUCAUCGUCCAGCGCGUCAGCCGCGCGCCCACUCAGGAUGUUCCCCUGGGACGCAUCGACUUUAGCGAACAGGGUGUCAACAACUUGGCACAGCUGGGCAAGUCGAAGCUGUCAGAUUGGCUGCGCCAGGGGCUGUAA